AUGACAAUUUCUCACGCACUUUUUUUAUUGUAAGUCAGACAUACCCUGCACUGCGCUGCAGCGCAGGCACGCAUCGCUACGUUUUGUCUGGUGCAGGGAACGAUCAUCAUGAAGCUGCUCAUCCUGUGUCUCUUGGUAGCCUCGGCCCUCGCGGCGCCAUCAACCAUCCCCCGCUUCAGGAGGGGCCACAGCAGGAUUGUUGGAGGCCAGGAAGCAACUCCUGGUCAGUUCCCCUUCCAGCUGAGCUUCCAGGACACUUCCUUCGGCUUCAACUUCCACUUCUGCGGAGCUUCCGUCUACACAACUGACGUUAUGAUCUGCGCGGGGCACUGCGUCGAUGGAGAAAACUACGAUAAUCCUCAAAAUUUGAGGAUCGUUGCUGGAGAUUUCAAUUUGGCUACCGACGAAGGCACUGAGCAGGCGCGAGACGUAACAAAAAUUGUCUUGCACGAGAGCUACAACUCCGGCACUUUUGAGAACGAUAUCUCAUUGCUGAAAGUUAGCGACCCUCUUGUCUUCGACGAAUUUGUGUCUGGAGUGACACUUCCUGCUCAGCUACAGAGCUUCACCGGAGACGCCAUAGUGUCCGGAUGGGGAACUUUGACCUCAGGGGGUAGUUCUCCCGACACCCUGCAGUGGGUGACAGUGCCCAUCGUCAGCGACGAGGUUUGUGAUGCGGACUAUCUACUUUCGGAUAUCUACCCCUCGAUGAUCUGCGCUGGAGAAGCAGGCAAGGACUCCUGCCAGGGUGACUCUGGCGGUCCCCUGACAUGCGGAGAAUAUCUCUGUGGAAUUGUCUCCUGGGGACGUGGGUGUGCACAAGAUGGGUUCCCCGGAGUGUACACCGAAGUGUCGUACUUCGUCGACUGGAUCCUCGCUAACGCAUAAGCCGCAGUGUAAACUGCAAUUACCGAGAAAGCAAAGCGGCGCCUCCAAUGUUCUUAUGGUAUCAAAGAAGACGAAAUUUAUCUCAUAAGUUCUCGAAGACCAGCUGGGAUGUUGAAGAUACAAUGAAUUUGCUCCGGUAAUAAAUUUCACGUAUCGC